CUCUCUGUGCUGAGGCUGCCUGCCUUGCCUGCUCCUAGUUGUUGUGAGCUGGAAGCAGCGCCGAGCAGAGCCAAUAAUAACUUUCGCCGCUUUCCUCCUCGCAUCCUUUCACCCUAAGAUGCCUGGAAUGAUGGAGAAAGGCUCGGAGUACUUGGGCAAAGGACGAUCGAACGGCACCAAGAGCCCCGCUGGCGCUUCUUCCAAUGGACAUUAUUCUGAGGAGAGUGGCAGUGACGACGAGCACGGUGGUAGCCUCGAACGCUAUGCGAAAAAAUAUCAAACUUCUUUUGUAAACCUUGGAGUCUUUAAACCCCGAUUUAGUCGAUAUGUCGGAAUGCGAGUGGGCUCUGACUAUCAGGCAUCCAUUCCGGAAUUUAACCCUGGUGCUACAAAAUACAGUGAUAAAGAAAUUGGUGGUAUGCUAGUUUGGUCUCCAUAUCACAUAAUUCCAGAUGUAAAAUUGGAUGAGUAUAUUGCAGUAGCAAAGGAAAAACAUGGCUACAAUGUGGAACAGGCUUUGGGAAUGUUAUUCUGGCACAAACACAACAUUGAGAAGUCAUUGGCGGACUUGCCUAACUUCACCCCUUUUCCAGAUGAAUGGACUGUUGAAGAUAAGGUCCUCUUUGAACAGGCCUUCAGCUUUCAUGGAAAGAGCUUUCACAGAAUUCAGCAGAUGUUACCAGAUAAGUCAAUUGCAAGUUUAGUGAAGUACUACUAUUCAUGGAAAAAGACUCGAUCACGAACAAGUUUAAUGGAUCGGCAAGCACGAAAAUUAGCUAAUAGAAACAAUCAAGAUGAAAGUGAUGAUGGAAUGGAGGAAGGAGCUGCAAAUGACGUGAAUGACAGUGAUUAUGACCCCACUAAAGAAGCUAAAAAGGAGGGAAAUCCUGAUCCACCUGUGCAGGUCAGCAGAGUUGGCUCGGUCAGACGUGAGCUUCCAAGUUUGCAGCAUCGUCACCACCCAUUACGAUCCAAGUGUCGACCACCAAAAGGAAUGUAUCUUAGUCAAGAAGAUGUUGGAGCCAUGUCCUGCAGCCCAAAUGCAGCAAGUACCAUUCUUAGACAACUUGAUAUGGAACUAAUCUCAUUGAAACGCCAGGUACAAAAUGCCAAGCAAGUUAACAGUGCAUUGAAGCUGAAAUUAGAAGGAGGUAUAGAAGAAUUCAAACCACCUGAGUCAACUCAGAAAAUCAAUGCACGCUGGACAACGGAGGAGCAGCUGCUUGCAGUUCAAGGUGUCCGCAAAUAUGGAAAGGAUUUCCAAGCUAUCGCAGAUGUAAUUGGAAACAAAACCGUCGGCCAAGUGAAGAAUUUUUUUGUUAACUACAGACGUCGUUUUAAUCUUGAAGAAGUCUUGCAGGAAUGGGAAGCGGAGCAAGGAACGCAAGAAUCGAAUGGAGUUUCAACCACACCAGGGGAGGAAAGAAAGCCUGCUUUGAAUUCUCUUGCAUCUAAAAGUCCAGAUGUAGAAGAAGAGAUCCCAUCACCUCCUGUCUCUGCUCCAGUUCCUCCAACACCUGUUACCGUAGCUGUUACAUGUGUGGCUACAUUAAAUCAGCCUCCUCCACUGCUUCGACCAGUGCUUCCUGCAGCUCCUGCUCUUCAUCGUCAACCACCUCCACUCCAGCAACAAACUCGUUUUCUACAGCCAAGACCAACCCUUAACCAGCCUCCACCACCAUUAAUUCGCCCAAAUAACCCUAUUCCACCCCGUUUGAAUCCUAGGCCAGUACUACAGCAACCUCCAUCACUGAUUGGAAUUCAAUCUGAAUCACAAUCUUCAUCCUUGCAUUGACCUGAUUUUUAAAAAAAUAAUUGCUUGUGUGGCUUGGUUUAACUCAAGAUGCUUCACAUAAUCCCAAAUUCAUCACCCAAGAAGACUAUUUAACACUAUCUAAUUGUUUCUCAGUGUCCUCUACAUUUCUCAAGUUCUUCAUUUUGAUGAAUUGAACUGUUAACAACACAAACAUUUAAAUUAGUUUGUUUAUUAUAUAUGUGUACAUAGCAUUUUGUAAAAGAAAAAAAAGGCCAGUAGGUUUGAAGAACUUACAAAAAUGUUUCUAGGACAGUUAUUUAUGGAAUUUGAUGCAUCAAGGCAUUUGUUUUCUUUUGCCCUAUAUUAAUUUAUUAUCUUUGAAAAUAGUGUUCAUUUAAUGAAGGUGAAAACAUCAUGAACCCUUUAAGAUUGUAUUGUACAAAAUGCAAUCUUUUGACAUUGUAUUUUUUUAUGGUUAAAGUUUUUUGAAUUCAACAGCAUUAAACUCCUGGUUAUAUUAAUCAAAACCUUAGACCGAAGGAAGUGUCCUUAAUUUUGUUCGAACACCAUCUGAUUAGAUUGAAAUUAAUCAUGAUUUAAACUGAACAUUGUAAAAUUAUUAAUUUGGUUUUGAUACCAAAGAGGUGCACUUGCUUUAAGAUAACUCCAGAAAACUUACAUAAUUUGAAUUCCAAUAAAAUUAGCUGUGUUACAUCUCAUUAAUAUUUUUGCCAUUUCUCCUAUUUUUUAAAAAUAUCAAUUUAUAAGCUUAUUAGGUACUGAACUGCAGCAUUUACUGCAUUCUUUGUAGCAUACAAAUAUUUUAAAUUCAUAUUUUUUAAUUAAUUUUUAACUAAAACUAACACAAUACAUGUAGUGAAUCCAAUUCACACUGACAAAAGAAUCAGUAAUGGUCCAUUCAUCAUGUUAUCAAAUUAAUCUAUCAUCAUUGAUUUUGAUAAUAAGUCCUCGAACAGCUAUGCCAAGCCAAUAGAUCGUGUAUCUGAGUUACAAGAGUGUGAAGAGAUGCUGUGAUACAUCUUUGAACUUUGCCAGUUAUUAAUCUGGCUGUUAGACUGAACCAUAGACUACAGCUGGAUACUUCAGAAGGGAAGAUUGCCAAGAAAGCCUAGGCACAAUUGCCUUACCCUAAUAAAAAUGUGCCUCUGUAUGCCUGCUGAAGGUGAUGAUCAUAACUAAGAAGAUCUUGCAUUCCCAACUGAAGGAGACUCAAAUGUAGAUCGAGUCUUGCAGGGAAAUAAAUGAGGGGAGGGUAUGGGGCAGUUUUUCCAAAUAGUUACUUUUUAUUAAAAAUGGCUUGAGACUAUUAAUAUGCAUUAACACUUGUUUAUUUUUCAGUGUAAGAUGUUUGAAAAUACUAAAAUAAAAUUAUACUGUAAUUUGAUUUAGAAGAUAGCACAAAGAACCUAUAAAACCUCAACGUUCUUUAGUUUACUGUAUAUAUUGACAUGGGUUUGUUUUAAUUUAGUUUUAGCUUUCAGUUUAAAGGAUUUGUACUAUUUGUGCAUGUACAGUCAGAGCUUCCUUAUUUAUCUGUUUAGUCAGUACAUUUUGCAUGCAUUUCAAGUAGUAUUUUUAGUGUAAUAAAUUGUGCACUAGCUUCUUUGCUGUAAUAAACCUCUAUCUGGAAUUGCUUUUUUUUUUGUAUUUUAUGAAGAAUUGUUCCAAUGGUGUGACAAUAAAAAUGCUGUUAUUAAAGGGCUCUUCCUGGAGUGUGACAAAACUGUAAUUCUGUUGAUAGCAGCUUAUUAAAUAUUGCUGAGAAAAA